AUGAAGGUUUCUGCCAUUCUCAUCAUCACCGCCGCCUCGGCCACUCUCGCUGCCCCCGUCGCCUCGGCCGCCCCCGACGCGGCAUACGCCAGCUAUGGAGACUACAAAAGCACCAACUACGGAAGCUACGGCACCUACGACGGUGCCAAUCCCCCACCUUCGGCCUACGGCUCGUACAGCCCCUACGGCAACUACGGCGCAUACAAGCGCGCCGCCGAGUGGUUCAAGAGCUUCUUCCAGUAA